CGCCGCGCUCCGCAGAUCCCGCUUCAUCCUGGACCAGCACCGGACAGCAAAUAACGGGACUUCAGGCAAAAUGCACCGAUUGUUUCUACUGUUUGUUGCCGCUGCUGGAGCUUCGGCUUUCGGCCUUCCGCGACUGGAUGCCGCCCCGGCGGCAGAGCCAUGCGAAGCCCCGCUGCAGUGGGAGGGAAAGUGGGUGAUUUACGACCACAACACGGGCAGAAACAGCCGGGCCGCGGUCUCCUACGACGGCCAGAACCAGAGGAUUCGGGUUCUGCAGCAGCACAAGAAACACACUCCCUGUCAGAGGUUCUUUGAGUAUAUCUACCUGUAUCAAAGCAAGGUGAUGUUCCAGAUUGACCAGAAGACCAAAGAGUGCUCGAAGGUUGCUCUGACGGAGGCCUGGGAUCCCUUUGACAUCCCUAAAAACUCCACAUUCGAGGAUCAGUACAUCAUUGGAGGCCCAGGGGACAACGUGGAGGUUCAGGAGUGGUCAGAUAGGAAGCCGGCACGCCAGCAUGAGACUUGGGUUGGAGUUUACACCCUGAAGGACUGCUACCCGGUGCAGGAGACCUACACCAAGAACAGCACCGUCACCACCUCCACCCGUUUCCUCAGCCUGCAGCUGGGCAUCAGCGACCCCAAUGUCUUCAACCCACCUCUCACCUGCCAGUCAUCCCGCCCAGGCAAGAUGGCGGAGUUCCACUGUUGAGGCCUUCUCAGAAAUCACCGCUGACCUUAGAUGAUUAACAGCUUAUUGAGUUUUUAUUUGCUUCCUGGUUAACACAUUUAUCUAAAUAUUAAACACUAACUGUGAACAAAACACCCAGAGCUGCUAUAUAAGUUAGAGCACCAGUGCUGUUUGUUUCUCUGUUUAAGCUGUAUUUCAAUAAGAAGGAAUAAGUUCCUCCAUAGAAUCACUGGUGUGGUGAGAUGACAGGGGCAAAACUUUGUUUUUAAUGAACCCAUUGCUUAUCUGAAAGAGUGGAAGCUACUGAUUGAUUAUUCAAUGCUUUUUAAUAUGUGUGAUGUGCAUAUAAUAAAAACAUUGUUAAUAAAUGGAA